AUGAACAUGGAAGCCAAGAACGGCACCCCGGUUAUGGACGACGAUCGUGACUCCGCCGAUGUCACCGAAUAUUCAGAACCAAUGGAUUCUGGCAAGGAAAAGAUCAAUGGCCAUAGUGGAAAGGCAGAGAACGGUCGCAAGUCGACUAACGCUAAAGAUCCUUCGCGACCGCGGCGGAAGAAAGCCCGCCGAGCCUGCUUUGCAUGUCAACGAGCUCAUUUAACAUGCGGUGACGAGCGACCAUGCCAACGCUGCAUCAAACGUGGCCUACAGGAUGCUUGUCAUGACGGUGUUCGUAAAAAGGCCAAGUAUCUCCACGACGCCCCGGACGGAGCACUGAUGCCCGGAGUGAGUGGAGGAAAUUUCUACAAUAACAACAACGGCAUGCACAAUAAUUUGCCUAUGUCAAGAAAUGGGCCCAACACGAGUACAUCACAACAGCAACAGCAGCAGCAACAACAGCAACAACCGCAGCAGGCGACCACAAAUUUCUACCCCACGCCCCAGCCACAAGCCCAGCCCCAGGCGGGAUCCUACAAUAUGUACCAAGAAACAACCAUGAGUCAAAGCCCUUUUACGACCCAAUCACCUGUGUCUCCCACCUUCAACCUGAAGACCAGUCAAAAUGGUCGCAAUCCCAGCUUAUCGUCUACUGUGAAUCAGCAACCCACGCCUAGUACCGCUCUCUCCGGCGAUACAUCACAACCCCCAAACCCAUUCGCGGGACCCUUUUUCGACCCUAGCGACCCCGCAUUAUUUAACUUUGAUCUCUCGAGUAUGAAUUUCGAAAAUCGAUAUGGUGCGCUCGAAUUUGGUAUGCUCGGACAUAUGGCCACGGGAGCUGGAGACUCCCCUACCGAUUCGGCAACCCAGCGAGGGUCGAUCGGCCGCAGUGGGUCUGCCCAGUUCUCCACGCCGGCUCCUGGAUUUGGCGAAAGUCCGGGGAAUCAGCCAUUCCUGUUCGGUGAUCCACUGCUGAAUGACUGGUCCGCUGGACAGGCCUCGGGUCAGCCGCAUGUGAACGUCAGCGGUGUGUAUGGCCAGAAUGGCAUGCUGCCGGGGCACAUGAAAGCAGAUGGGCCACAUGCCUUUGCGAUUGAGAGUGGCCCUGCCGCCUUCGCCAGCCCGGGAUCUGCUAGCAGUCCCCAUGUGAAUCCCUCUGCCUUUGAGGAUGGCACGUUCAAUCCUGCGGGCGCCAAGUCUAGCAACCUGGCACCCAAUGGCCAGCGACCGAUGAUCACCACGCCUAGUUUGAAGCAUCAACAAUUACAUGUUGGGCCCAAACGACGUCAUCGCAACCCAUCAGCCAUAUACGAAAGUGUCAAGGAACCAUACGGUUAUACAAGCGGGUUUCACAAUCUCACAGCUUUUAUUCAGCGACGCUUCUCACCGCAGAAGACUGUGCGGAUUGCCAAGGCACUUGCAUCUAUUCGACCGUCUUUUAUCGCGACCACGAAAACCCUUAACCGGGAUGAUUUGAUUUUUAUGGAGAAAUGUUUCCAACGCACACUAUGGGAAUACGAGGACUUUAUCAACGCCUGUGGCACCCCAACGAUUGUCUGUCGACGUACCGGAGAGAUUGCCGCUGUAGGCAAGGAGUUCAGCAUCCUGACAGGAUGGAAGAAGGAUGUCUUGUUGGGCAAGGAGCCUAACCUCAAUGUCAACACGGGCGGUGCAUCUAUGCCAGGGUCCGGUACUACAUCGCGUGGUAGCUUCACCCCUCGCGGCUCAACAUUAGAGCACACUGCUGGUCGUCCACAACCAGUAUUCUUGGCCGAACUACUUGACGAUGACAGUGUUGUCGAAUUUUAUGAAGACUUUGCGCGUUUAGCAUUUGGUGACUCUCGUGGUAGUGUCAUGACUCGAUGCAAACUGCUCAAGUAUAAAACCAAGGAGGAUAUGGAGGUGGCUCAGGAUGAUAAUGGGAAAUGGAAUAACCACCUUCGCAAAGGUGGUAUCGCCGGCGAGGCCGGAAUGAACCAGCUAGGAUUCAAGGACGGUAAAGUCGAAUGCGCGUACUGCUGGACAGUUAAGCGAGAUGUCUUUGACAUUCCGAUGCUUAUCGUGAUGAAU